CCGCCGGCGCCUGCUCCGUCCCCUCCCAUCGCACGGCCCCUUCCUCCCUCCUCUCCCGGCCGCUCGCAUUUCCUGCCGCCCGGGCUCUCGCGGCCCCGGAAAGUUCUGCCCAACUUUUUCUCCCCCCGCCCCGAGCGAGCGGGCGCAGCCGGCGCAGUCCGGGGGCAGGUUGCAGCGCUCUUCCUCGCUCCGCUGCCCGCCCUCCCGGCUCCGGUCCUCGGGGAGCCGCAGACACCCGGUGGUCGCGGUCUGUCCCUCCCCUCCCACCUCACCCAUCCUCCGCGGCCUCCUGGCCCCGGCCCCCCUCCGGCGGGACAACCCCGUGCCUAGGUGGCUCUCCUUUUCUCCUUGUCGGUGCGCCGGGAUCGCGGCGGAAACCUCCCUCCCCUUUCGCCUCCUCCGGCUCCUUCCCUCCGCCCCUCCUCCGCCAGCCACUGGAAUCAAUUCCUUAGGGAAUUGGGGCUCCGCCGCCGCCGCCACCGCCGCGGACGACAGCCUUUCCGCGCGGGACUCCGGGGCACCGACGGGGCCAUGUAAGCAGCGAUCCUCCGCAGCGCCGCACCGGGCAUGGACACCUUUCUCGGCGUCUGGAGGAGCACGUGCGGUAGUGUCAUCACCCAGACACGAAGCUGCUAAGGCCAUCUCAGGGGCGUGGGCGCCGGGAUAGGAAGGCGGCGUCCGAGGGCCACGCAGCCAUGCCUUUCGGCCUGAAGCUCCGUCGGACACGGCGCUACAACGUCCUGAGCAAGAACUGCUUUGUCACACGGAUCCGCCUGCUGGACAGCAAUGUGAUCGAGUGCACGCUGUCGGUGGAGAGCACCGGGCAGGAGUGCCUGGAGGCCGUGGCCCAGAGGCUAGAGUUGCGAGAGACACACUACUUUGGCCUUUGGUUUCUCAGCAAGAGCCAGCAAGCACGAUGGGUGGAGCUGGAGAAACCUCUGAAGAAACAUCUGGACAAAUUUGCUAACGAGCCUCUGCUUUUCUUCGGAGUCAUGUUCUAUGUGCCAAAUGUGUCAUGGCUUCAGCAGGAGGCCACAAGGUAUCAGUAUUACCUGCAAGUCAAAAAGGACGUGCUUGAAGGGCGAUUGCGGUGUGCGUUGGAGCAGGUGAUCCGACUGGCCGGCUUGGCCGUGCAAGCUGAUUUUGGAGACUACAAUCAGUUUGAUUCUCAAGAUUUCCUCAGAGAAUAUGUGCUGUUUCCUAUGGAUUUGGCCCUGGAGGAGGCCGUUCUGGAGGAGCUGACCCAGAAGGUAGCCCAGGAACACAAAGCCCACAGUGGAAUCCUGCCCUCAGAAGCCGAGCUCAUGUACAUCAACGAGGUGGAACGUUUGGAUGGAUUUGGACAGGAGAUCUUCCCUGUGAAGGACAAUCAUGGAAACAGUGUGCAGCUGGGCAUUUUCUUUAUGGGCAUUUUCGUGAGAAACAGAGUUGGAAGACAAGCAGUGAUACACAGGUGGAAUGACAUCGGGAAUAUCACACACAACAAGUCGACUAUUCUGGUGGAGCUCAUCAACAAAGAAGAGACGGCCCUCUUUCACACGGACGAUCUUGAAAAUGCCAAGUAUAUCUCUCGGUUGUUUGCUACACGGCACAAGUUUUACAAACAAAACAAAAUCUGCACUGAACAAUCAAAUUCUCCACCCCCCAUCAGACGCCAACCCACCUGGAGCCGAUCCUCUCUGCCCCGACAGCAGCCGUACAUCUUGCCUCCCAUGCACGUCCAGUGUGGUGAACACUACUCGGAAACACACACUUCGCAAGACAGCAUCUUCCAUGGGAAUGAAGAAGCCUUGUACUGCAAUUCCCACAACAGCCUGGACUUAAAUUAUUUAAAUGGCACCGUCACCAAUGGCAGCGUGUGUAGCGUUCACAGCGUCAACUCCCUCAACUGCUCCCAGAGUUUCAUCCAGGCUUCUCCUGUGUCCUCCAACCUCAGUAUCCCCGGGAGUGACAUCAUGCGGGCCGACUACAUCCCUAGCCACCGGCAUAGCGCCAUCAUUGUGCCAUCCUACCGGCCAACCCCCGAUUAUGAGACGGUCAUGCGGCAGAUGAAGAGGGGGACCGUGCACGCCGACAGCCAGAGCCAGUCUCUGCGGAACCUCAGCAUCAUCAACACGCAUGCCUACAACCAGCCAGAGGAUCUGGUGUACAGCCAGCCCGAGAUGCGGGAGAGGCCCCCCUACGCUGUCCCUUAUGGGCCGCAGGGAGGCUACGGUAACAAACUCAUCAGCCCGUCUGACCAGAUGAACCCAAAGAAUAACAUGGUGCCGAGCAAGCCGGGGGCAAGCUCCAUCUCCCACACGGUGAGCACCCCAGAGCUGGCCAAUAUGCAGCUCCAAGGCACCCAGAACUACAACGCGGCCCAUAUGCUCAAAAACUAUCUCUUCAGGCCGCCGCCCCCCUACCCACGGCCGCGCCCUGCCACCAGCACCCCAGACCUCGCCAGCCACCGUCACAGGUACGUCAGCGGCAGUAGCCCCGACCUGGUGACCCGCAAGGUGCAGCUCUCGGUGAAGACCUUCCAAGAAGACAGCUCCCCAGUGGUGCACCAGUCUCUCCAGGAGGUGAGCGAGCCCCUCACCGCCACCAAGCACCACGGCACGGCGAAUAAGCGCCACAGCCUGGAGGUGAUGAGCAGCAUGGUGCGAGGCAUGGAGGCCAUGACCUUGAAAUCGCUCAACAUCCCCAUGGCGCGCCGAAACACGCUCCGGGAGCAGGGGCCGCCCGAGGAGGUGCCGGGGAGUCACGAGGCUCACCAGCUUCCCCAUUACCACCACAAGAAGACCCUCUCGGAUGCCACCAUGCUGAUCCACAGCAGCGAGAGUGAGGAGGAGGAGGAGGAGGCCCCAGGGUCGGUGCCCCAGAUCCCCAUGCUCCGGGAGAAGAUGGGGUACAGUGCCCAGCUACAGGCAGCCUUGGCCCGAAUCCCAAACAAGCCCCCGCCCGAAUACCCUGGCCCGAGGAAGAGCGUUAGCAACGGGGCCCUGAGGCAAGACCAGGUCAGCCUGCCUCCUGCCGCCGCCAGGGCUAGGGUCCUGAGGCACGGGCCGGCCAAGGCCAUCAGUGUUUCCCGAGCAGAUCAGCUGGCCGUGGCUGGGCCUUCCCUCGGUCCGUCCAUCUCCGAACCCGACCUGACAAGCGUGAAGGAGCGGGUCAAGAAAGAGCCUGUGAAGGAGAGACCGGUGUCUGAGAUGUUCUCCCUGGAAGACAGCAUUGUAGAGAGAGAGAUGGCCAUCAGGAAUCUAGAGAAGCAGAAGAUGGCAAGCCUGGAGGCACAGAAGCGGCCGCUCAUGUUGGCGGCGCUGAAUGGACUCUCAGUUGCCCGGGUCUCGGGGCGGGAAGAGAGCCGAGCUGAUGCCACCCGAGUUCCCAUGGAUGAGAGGUUCAGAACCCUGAAGAAAAAGCUAGAAGAGGGAAUGGUGUUCACAGAGUAUGAGCAAAUUCCAAAGAAGAAGGCCAAUGGCAUUUUCAGCACCGCGGCCCUACCAGAAAAUGCCGAGCGAAGCCGCAUCCGCGAAGUCGUCCCCUAUGAGGAGAACAGAGUGGAGCUGGUACCGACCAAAGAAAACAACACAGGUUACAUUAAUGCCUCCCACAUCAAGGUGGUGGUUGGUGGGGCAGAAUGGCACUACAUAGCCACUCAGGGGCCCCUGCCACACACAUGUCACGACUUCUGGCAGAUGGUGUGGGAGCAGGGAGCGAACGUGAUUGCCAUGGUCACCGCGGAAGAGGAAGGCGGACGAACCAAGAGCCACCGAUACUGGCCCAAACUGGGUUCCAAGCACAGCUCAGCCACCUACGGCAAGUUCAAGGUCACCACAAAGUUCCGAACGGAUUCUGGUUGCUAUGCAACCACAGGCUUGAAGGUCAAGCACCUUUUGUCGGGGCAGGAAAGGACGGUGUGGCAUUUGCAGUACACUGACUGGCCGGACCAUGGCUGCCCAGAGGAUGUCCAAGGAUUUUUAUCCUACUUGGAGGAGAUCCAGUCUGUCCGACGCCAUACCAACAGCAUGCUGGAAGGCGCCAAGAACCGGCACCCUCCGAUCAUCGUCCACUGCAGCGCCGGGGUGGGGCGGACCGGUGUGGUCAUUCUUUCGGAGCUGAUGAUCUACUGCCUGGAGCAUAAUGAAAAGGUGGACGUGCCCAUAAUGCUGAGGCUCCUCAGGGAGCAGAGGAUGUUCAUGAUCCAGACCAUCGCCCAGUACAAGUUUGUCUACCAAGUCCUCAUCCAGUUCCUCCAAAACUCCAGACUCAUUUAGCCCCCGACCCAGCUGCUGGAAGAGGGGCCCAGCUCCAUCUUGCAGAUGGGGAUGCACCUCCAGACAACAUCUGCCCCCCCAAGCCGGGCGCGGGUGGCCAGAGCAGGCAGGUCAUGGGCUCCCCGAAGGCGGGAGCCAGGACUGUUCCCCAACAACCUAUGUUAUUUUAUAUGAGAUAAUUUAUUUUUUUUUCCCUUUUGGAUAACUUUUGUGAAUCAUCGUAAUGCAUAAUGUUUUCACGAUAAUAUAGUCCUUCUCGUUUGAACCACAUUUCGACUGAUCUGCAUUGUAAAUAUGGCAGCAGGGAAGGUUGCCCGGUGGAUUGUUUUGGGGACAGAGGCAUAAGGGAACACAUCUCUAGUGAAGCUGUGGCCAGAUUAGAAACCAAGCCGGAAAUUCAUCAGCCUGAUUUCAGCUCACGUUCAAAUCAGAGAUGGCAAGAAAAUGAAUUCGUCCUAAAAUAUAAAGAUAAGGGCCAAGGCCCUUCCCUGAAGGAAACACACACGCGCACGUGCACAUGCACGCGCGCGCGCACACACACACACACCACUAUUCCCUUAUAUUAUUCCCUUAUAUUUUGGGGCUUCUGAACCUUGAUGGCCAGUGGCCUUCCUUCUUCCUUUCUGCCUUCAUCCUCCAUUGUCUCUUUUUUCCCCAAGUUUGAGUCAAAGACAGGAGCAGCUAGAGGAAAUGCUGCCUUUCACCAGAUGGCCCUCACCCAGGUGAACGAGGAGCUCUCUGUUGUGUCUCCUCAACACUCCUUCCUUUGAACUCUGGAGCCUGUGUUGCCCUGCCGGGGACCACGACCUCAGUAUUUGCUACUGUUCCCUGUUUGCUCAGUGGGCCCCAGUCUGGUGGUCUUCGAGGCUCUGGGCCAGGCCAUCUGUGCAGCUAGGCCUCUUGCCGGACUGAGAGGAGAUGAUGGACCAGAGCGGGAAGAGAAAGGAGACAGGCAAGCCCUUGAUAUCGUUUCUUAUUUAAAUAGGAUGUGUGUGCUGGCCGGGGGCCUGCAGGUCGAGGCGGUGGGUACAUUCUGUCUUUCCAUCAGUCCCCAAGUCACUGGAAACGUUAUCAUGGGAACAGUUGGGAAAGCUGAUUUAUGGGAGCUGUUUGGCACCCAGGUAGCAGGGCCCUGGCCAGGAACCACACCGAGUGUGACCCCCCUCUCUGACUGUGCUGCUGUCGCCCCAGCCUUUGGCCUGCAAGAGCAGAACUAAGCCCACUCAGGACCCCGUGGUCCAAAUUUGGCUACUUGAUGAAAGAUGCUGGGAUUUGUCUCGCACAAAGCCUGUUCACUGCUCUCCCGUUUUCCAUACGCCCCGCUCUCCAGUUGCUUUGCAGUUUCCUUCUGUUUGUCUCUUCCUGAGCCUACGUCAGUCACCGUCCUGAAUUUUUUAGGUCAGUACACAGCAAAUCAUAUUCCACACGUUUCUCCUCUAGCGGAAUUUUAGGAAGUUUUCCUCUCUACUGUCUAGUUCUUGAAUGCAACGUUUAAACGGUGGUUCUGUUCUUAGAUUUGACAUUCGUAGCUGUUCCACUGUGCCUUCCUCCACUGCUGACUUUUUGUUUUGCUUUGUUUUUCCUGAGCUGAGAAUGCGAUGAAAGAGUGGUAUCAUAUCAACCAGAAAGAGCAUGCCUGUGUGAUGUCCGGUGACCACACCCCAAUAGAGGGGUGCGGAAGCAGAUUCCCGAUGAACUCGUUCAGAAUGGGAAUCAACUCAGUUUCACAUCUGGCCAGGUGUGGUGGUGGUGGUGGUGGUUCUCUCGUUUAGACUGAGAGUCCUGGUGAGAGAGGGCCCCCUCUUGUUGUCCAGAGUCUGAAGAAACAGUGAAGGAGGGUAACUUCAGUUGAGCUCUGUAGAUUCUGGAAUUUUGGUGUAUGUUCUGGAAAACAAAACCAUGAGUAUGACCUAUAUUUUCAGUGGAACAGAGCUCAUCACCCUCACCAGGAGAUGCUCGGAACUUACACUGUUAACAAGCAAAGACGUUAUCUGUUGCCUUUCCUUAGACACUUCCCAUCCUUGGGCUAGUCUACUGUUAGGGGUGUUUUCACAGUUGGUCUGCGGUUCCUGGCUUAUUUGACAAACACCAUCGGCAGUUCUCUUUUGCCUCUUAGGCCCCAGCGUGGGCUCUGUUAAGACUGAGUCUCACGUGGGCAGCAUAUAGAUCUGUGUCUCUUGGAGCUCAUCACACGGGCGGUGCCUUUCAACCCACCCGCCACGGGAGUAGUUGCUAAUGCACAAAAUGCAGGGCAGAAGGAGGUUUGCUGUCCAAUUUCCUAGCCAAAGUUUAUAUCGAAGCCCAAAGGAAACCACUUAAAAGUUACUCCACAUAUUUCACUUUUAAAAACAAAUGUUUUGGGUUCUGUAGCACAUUUUGCAUUCCUUUUCCCAUCUCCAGCGAAUGCCAGCACAGCUCCUGUGAAAUUAGCAGCAGGCAGUGAAAGUCCUUCUAGUGGCAUCUGCACAAUAAUUGCCCAGAGAUGCUUUAUAUCUGGGAAGCAAGCCAAGGAAUAAACCUUGAAGCAAAGUGUAUUAAAUUAGUUAUCUAGUUAGAGCUUUUGGAAUGAGUUCCUGAUGAUGUAUCAAGUCUGAAGCUGGAGCUGUCGGGGUCUAUUUUUUUCUGUUUGGAUUUGAAGAGAGAAAAUUAAAAAUGGAGGGUGGAAAAAGGAGAUGCCAUCUCACAGCAAAGCCAUUCAACACUUUGGGGCCUCUGGUUUUGAAGUCUUCCAGUUGAAAUGUUUUGUUUCUUUGAUCCGUACUCAUUUGGGCACGUGGGCCCUGUGUUGGGUCUGCCCUUGUUUAACGUGGUCCCUGGAUGGUGGGGGCUGAGUCUGAUGUCUUCAUCCUUAAGCUGAGCUGAGCCUGCCGGCAAAACUUAGCCACAGCCUGCUGAGCUUAUCGGUUCCCGUGGGCUCUAAAGAGACACCACCUUUGGUAGCAUUUACAUUUACACACACCUGUUUCCCUGGACAGGAGGUAAAGGAGGAUUUGGCUGCAUUGGAGAGGGAUGCCAAACGUUGAUGUCUUCAUAGCAGAGGAAAGAGGACUGUGCUUCUCUUCACAGUUAGAGGGGGAACGGUAAGAUCAGGAAAGGUGAAAACAUCUCCACAUGGAAUAUUUUGAGGAAUACGCUUCCAAGGAGCUUACAUAGAGAGAAUUUAACUUUUGCAAUCUUUGUGAUCCUAGACCGACAAAAAGAACUAAUUGUUUUCCAUUACUAAUCUCUGUUUGCCUAAGACAGAUGCCUGGCCAUCUCUGGCCCCUUCAUCAUCCUUCAGCCUGGUUAGAGGGGUUUUGUGGGCUCUGUUGGGUUCUGGUGGGACUUGACCCCUGGCUCCCCCCGUACUCAUUUAACUUUUAUUUUGCUUGCUGUUAGCUCUUGAGGUUCAGUUAUAAACUCCAGGGGCUUUGGGAGGUCAGCAUUUUUAUCCAGCUGCCUAGUUUUCUCAUCUUUCCAGCUUAAAUACAGGUUGACCAUAUGAAAUUGACAAUAGCUAGAGCAUUUUUUGUUACAAUGACAGACAAGUCACAUAAAAUCAACCUAAUAUGCACAAUAUUUUUCUUCUCCCAAUACAGGAUGGGUCCCAACACACCAUAUGUCAUUUCUUCAAAUAAGUGCUAAUGAACCUGAAAGCAUGUGAAAUGGGCAGCUUGGCUCUUUUUGUGAACCUGCUGCCUUGCUGUAAUGAGCUUUGCCUCACUCAGUGAAUGGGUCACGUCAUGGGGCUGGGAAGGCAGAGAUGUUAGUACACCUAGAUGUUAGUGCAUUCUCAUAGACAGGGCUGGCCGUCGGGCAUAUCACUGUGGGUUUUCAGCCGCCAUCUUUUUUUGAUGUACGAUCUGUGUUCGCAGACCUCAGCCCAGUGGUUAUGGAACAUGGUGUGUGGGCCUGAAGGUGUCCUCAGCCAGAAAGCAGAGGGUGCUUUCUAAUCUCACUCCUCUACUUCCAGUGGGGCGAAGGUACAGCUAUUGACUUCCUUUUUGGGGAGAUGUGCCAAUCACUUUGAAGUUGGGGGAGUUGGGGUAUUCUUUGUGCCAGGUUGCUGAGACACAAGGGAUGGGAUCAGGUCAGACCCAGGUUAGUGUUCAUCUGUUCCGCAUUCCUCCUCCAUUUUAGCAAUAACUGUUGGGGUCCUAGAGGUGGAAAUUUCCAGAAGUACCAAGUGAUCACUGUUGGGAUCUUUAGGUGGCACUAUAUGGGGAACUCAGCUUCCUCACACUUUACCAAAGACUCUUCUGCUGCUCUGUUUCCUUGUAUUCCUGUGUAGUUUAUCAGACACUCAUCAUACUCUUAUUUGGUGAUUCCUUUUCAUGAACAAAGUAACGACUCAUCCAGUACUGCUUCCAGAUGGAGAAACUGGGGUUUUCCAUGGACACUGCACAAAUUUUCCAGUGGCCUACAGCUUUAUGGAUGACAAAUUAGUUGGCCCUAUAGGAUGGAAAUAAUCUUAGUUGGCCCUAUAGAAUGGAAAUCUCUGAGAUGUUAAAAUGUUUGACACUUCCCUUAGAUGCUGUGCAAGAAAAAAAAAAAAGGUUCUUGUCUUUGCCUCAACUUCUGAGACAUCUGGGGGCAAAAGACCUUAGUGAUGCAUCUUUUGAAAGUAACGGCAUCAUUCCUGGGAGAGAAGUGAGGGUAUAUCCAAUCAAAUUCUGCUAAUCCAAAUGUGCCGUCCCAAAAGUCACUGUAAUUCAUAGGGUCCUAUAAAACUCAAUAGCCACCUUGCCCAAUACCCAAUCUUUCUCCUGCCUGUGCACAUUGUGCAUUUGGGUUAUAAACUCAGGUGGGUGAGCAUUUUUAUUCUGCUGACUACCUUUCUUAUCUCCUAGCUUAACAUAGCUGCAUCUUUUUCUGCAAGGUCAAAAUAAGUGUUCUCUAUUAAAAUGUCCAUGAGCCUGGCAUUGAGUAUCUGGCAUCAAUCGAUUUCAUAAGACCGGGUCAUUUAUCGUCGUUUGGUGCAGGAAGAGGGGGAGGAUGUGUAUCAGUUCCGACUGCUCAGAGCUCGGGUCAGCCCUUCUAUUUUAAAAAUAAAUUCAAGGACAUUUUGUUACAAGGCAGGAAGGCGAGAGCUGACGUGCAGCCUGGCUGUGACGAGCCUCUGCGUAGAAAGUCACAGUUUCUUCUGUUGUGCUUUGGGACAUCAGAAUCAUUCUUUUUUAAAAAUGCCAUAAGCUUGGCCAGAGGAGUUAUAAAUAGGAAGAGGAAGAGGAGGAUGUUUUAGAUCAGCCCUCUGGUUGGUGUUAAAAAAAUUUAUUGGUUCACAAAUAAUUUUCUGAACUCUGGAACAUCUGCUUUCUUCUUCCCUGCCUGUAAGGCUGGAGGGAUGGAAAUGACGUGGGGGCACCCCCAGGAAAGCCUGGGCUGUGAUGUUGGGGUCUGUUUCCGCCUUGCUCGUGGUUUCAAACUGCCCUCAGUGCCGUGGUAGAGCUUGAUGAAGGUCAUGGAUUCUGACGUGUGUCUGGGCGUGCCACUCUAAAGUGUCGUCUUCUGUCACGUGCUGGCAGCCCCACCUUCCCAUGCAGCCUUAGCAGAGGCUUCUGCUCAUCCACUGAGCCCCCCUGAGUUAGCAGUCAGGGCUCCGGGCAUGUCAUUUCCUCUCCCCUGCGAUCAGAGGGGGUUCCCGUUUAUAGCACAUCAUGUUUAUAAUCAGGGCACAGAAACAGGGAGGGUGUCCGUACAGCAAUGGCAGUGGCUCUUUGUCUCAUCGUGGGGCAUGCGCAGGACUGUUUUGUGAUGUCACCCUCUUCAUUCCAAGAGCACCUCACUUAGGGCUGUGCUGACUUCUCCUUACUGUUCGUUUGUUUGAUGGAUCCGCUGUCACUUUUCUUUCCCUACUCUACCCUUUGAGUACAACCGCUACAAAAAUAGUUCAGUCCGGUCGUGGAGAACCGCUCUCUUAAGCCUCUCUAAAUUAUGUAAUUAGGAGAUCUUCAUUUUAAUUUCAAAACGCUUAUAGAGUUUGAAAGAAUAAGAUCUGGCAAAUGGAAAGAACCAGAGAGAAAACAGCUAGAAAAUUGUCAGCAACCAAGAAGCUGCCCUCCCCCACCUCUUUCCCCCCCUUGGUGGUAGACAUGGUCACUCAGUACUAGAAGAAGUGAAAGAGAAGAUGGCUUCGAUGAUCGGUCCCGUUUGAAGCAGUGAUCAAUGGUCAUAGAGCAGGUACUGCCGAUUUCUUUCGAGGUGGACUUCCACCCAUUCCCAGUGGCCGCGUUUGGCAGAGCGACGUGUGUGGUCAGAUGAAUACGUGUCAGGCUUCCCCCUCCCGACCCAGGGUCCCUUCAUCAUGGCCUCUUCACACAGACCGGCCGAAUCUGGUGAAAUAGGGACAAGGGCUGGGCUGGCCAGGACCCCCUGGACAGGUCGUGUUGUGAUCAGUUCUCAGUUACCUGGGGAGGGGCAGGGUCCACUCUUCAUCCACUCAGUCCCUUCCCCGAUCGUUUCUCCCCAACCCCCUCCUUCAGGGAAACCCAGAUGCCUUCUCCCCUGACAAAAAGGUGUCCGGGAGAAAGCUGAAAAGAUUGGGUUGGGGUCUUUUUGUGCCUUGAAGGGGAGACCUGCUUUUGCUCAAAUCUCAGGAAUCCUGCUUUGAGUCAGGGAGGCUGUCAGAGCCUCCUGGCUCGGGGAUGCCUGGCCAUGUGUGUGUUUCUCAGGGGCCUUGCACCUCCCUCAGCGACAGUGUUAGCUAAUAAAUGCCUUCAGCAGGGAGCCAAAAGCUAUAAUUCAGCGCCUCUGCUUUUUGUUUGUUUGUUUGUUUUCCCACGUGAACACUGUAAAAAUGUUAACUGCCAUUUCCUUUGACUCAACUUUCUUGCCGUUUGAAAUCCCAAAAGUCUAUCCACCAUAUCCUUUUAAAAGUGAGGUUACUCUUCAUCAGAGAUGAUUUCCGGUGUAUGUCCUUUGUUCCUUCAGCGGUCAGCCGACUUGGCGUGAGGAUGCUUACGUGGAAAAACACGAAAACGGUUUACAUAUGCAGAUGACGAUUUAAACGUAUAACCUUAGGUAACUCGCGUUACAUCGACUAACAGGCCAAUUAAGUUUGUUUCACUGGACUUACUGUUGGGUUCCUUAAUUCAGUAUUUUGAGGCUUUCUUUCCUUGUCUGUGUUUUAUAAAACAUUGUGAAUGGUGGUGCCAUUCAAAACAAUUGGCAUUCAGUAGGUUUCAUUUUGAAACAACGUACAGACAAGUCCCCGGCUCAGACCCCCAAGCUCUUGGGUCAGCCCACGGAAGCCUUCGGACUUCUACCCGAGCUGAAAGGUGGGGAUGUGUCCGCCAGAUGCGGCUGGCUGUUGUGAGCUGACCUGGAAAGGUAACCAGCUGUGUUUUGCUGUGAGGCACACAUUCCAGGUUGGGCCUGGGGAUCCCAAGAACGCGUAUCUUCUCCCCUUGGAAGCCGCUUGCUGCCUGGCAACAUUCAAGUCCAGACUCUUGGCUACAGUGGUUGCAAGGGAGAGAGGGAGAAAUUUCUCGGACAUUCCCUACAUCAGGGGGUGAUUUCUUAAUAUUCGUGUCAACUCUCAUUUGGAAGAGACUCCCUCUCAAUUUAAUAAUAUUAAAAGCCUUAAGUAAGACUAUGCAUGUUCUUCUAUAUUGCUUUUUUUUAUAUCAGUAAAUAAGCUGAUGCUUGCCGGUUUUGUGCACAAUUAUGAGGUGUAUAAAACUGACUUUUGACAGUAUUUUUUGCACUGUUUCCUAUCUGUUUUUAUAAAGUCUUUAGAGAAUGGUCCUAGUUGUGUAUUGUUGAUGUUCUCACAGCCCUUAUGAUUGCUGUAAAAUGUUUCGUAUGUGCCUUUACAAAUGUGAGAUCUUUAUUCUAACCUUUUUUUGUAAAAGAUAUCUAUUGACUUACAUAUACAAUAAACCCUUUUUUUUUUUUCCAGA